AUGGCUUCCGCGAAACGAAUCGGCAAGGAGCUCGCCGACCUCACCAAAGAGCCUGUCGCCGGCAUCACCGUCGAGCCCAAGGAGGACAAUAUCUACAAAUGGACUGCCAAGCUUACGGGUCCAGCAAAGAGCCCUUAUGCGGGCGGUACUUUCUUGGUUGACAUGGACUUUCCCAUAGAGUAUCCCUUCAAGUCGCCCAAGGUCAAGUUCCACACGCCUAUCUACCAUCCCAACAUUGACGAGGGAGGAAACCUCUGCGUCGGCAUUCUCAAGAGCGAGGCGUGGAAGCCAAGCACAAAGGCGGUGACCAUCUUGCUCUCCAUACUUCAGCUCCUCGAAGAGCCCAACCCAGACGAUGCUUUGGUAGCCUCGAUCGCCGAGCUCUACAACGCGGACAGGGCCAAGUUUGACAAGACAGCGCAGGAGUGGACCCAGAAGCACGCUUCUGCAUGA